AUGUUCAUCAUCAACUGGUUCUACGAUGUACUGGCUUCAUUGGGCCUACUAAACAAGAAUGCAAAAAUUCUGUUCUUAGGAUUAGAUAACGCUGGCAAAACUACCCUGCUUCACAUGCUCAAAAGCGACCGGUUAGCAACAUUGCAACCAACAUUGCAUCCCACAUCUGAGGAAUUAUCUAUUGGAAAUGUGAGAUUUACCACAUACGAUCUGGGUGGUCAUCAACAAGCUCGUAGACUCUGGAGAGAUUACUUUCCCGAAGUGAAUGGUAUUGUAUAUUUGGUGGAUAGUGCAGAUCACGAGAGAUUUGCAGAAGCAAAGCAAGAAUUGGAUGCCCUUUUGUCCAUUGAGCAAUUAAAUAAUAUACCAUUCCUGAUUCUUGGCAACAAGAUUGAUGCUCCUGGCGCUGUAAGCGAAGAAGCACUUCGUCAACAGUUGGGCCUCUUCCAAACAACAGGAAAAGGAAAUGUACAUCUAAGCAAUAUUAGACCUAUGGAGCUAUUUAUGUGCUCAAUCGUAAUGAGACAGGGUUAUGGAGAUGGAUUCCGUUGGCUAUCGCAAUACGUAUAA